AUGUUAGUUAAAACGCACAAAAAACGCCAGCCAAAGGCUGCGAUGGAUACCAAUACGGUCACACGCAAAAAAACUCAGACAAAAGGCAAAGGGGAAUCAACUGUUACAACGAAGGCAGAGGCCUCUCCAAAGAAAAAACCUGUCAUGCAAAAACAGUGUCAGGUCCCGGUUGCCGAAGUCAAAUCACCGGCGUGUGUCAAAGUGGCACCUAAGAAACCCAAUUGGAAAGGGUGGGUGGUGGUUGAAGAUGAGGCCGGCAAGGCCCACGAGCCUGAUCUGGUUGUAUCAGAAGUGUCUGAGGGGAAAACUAGAGUGACACGACAGCGACGGGUGUGA